AUUAAAAUCAAAUUGUCAGUUCAACUUUCUAGCAAAAACUACACAGUAAAAUGGACUUAAAACUGAGUUGCUUCCUAGUAGUUUUAGCUGUUUGUGCAAGUCUUACUAUCGCUCAAAAAAAGACCACCAUUACUGGGGAUUUAACCAAGAACAAAGACUCAACAAGAAUAGAUCUAGGAAUAUUACACAAACGUAAAAACUUUGAAAUUGGAGGAUCAGUUUUUGGAGACAAUCGGGGAAAUCGAGGUGCAAAAGUAGGCUUUAAAUGGAAGUUUGGAAAGAGAUCUACAGCAUGGAACGGUGAACAUUUUGAAGUUCGAGUUAUCAUAAACCAUUGUGACUUCAAUGUUUAUGAUAUAAAUGAAGACAGUGUUAUCACAGUUGAUGAGAUUUAUGAAAUAUUUCCUCAAAGAACUGAUGCACAUAGGUUGUUCAAGGCGCUUGAUUCUACAUCAGUUGAUGGUAAAGUGACCAUUGACGAAUUCAAGAUGAUGGCUCCACAAGUUAUAAAGAAAUGUGGAUAUAGCAAAUAUUCGUAUUAAUGUUGUUU